AUGAUACCCAUUGCAUCGUCCGAUUGCGACGUGACCACAACCUUCAUUGAAGAUUGGAUCGCACAUCUCCACGACGGUGGUGCUGAAUCUCCAUCCCUUGUCCGCUUCUUCGACGGGCCGGACGACGCCAUUGCCUUCAUGUCGGGGACUCCAAGCCCGAAGAAGCGUCAGAAAAGUACACAUGAGGACCUCGCCGAUCCCGACGCCACCCCGCGAAUGCCCCCGGGCCUGACAGCGCAUGGCUUUGCCCACUCCUCCGCCGACGACACGUCAAACGAUACCAUAUCCACGUCCGACGCCGCUUCCGUCUCCAAUGCCUCCAGCCGGCGUACGGGCUCCAUCAGCCCAAAGAAGCGCGAGACCGCCUUGCGCCUCGCCGUCGAGCGUCCGCUUCACCGCGACAACAUUGCCAACUUCGCCGAGCCGACACAGCUGAUGGUCGACCUCGCGUCUCUCGGCUCAGGGCCACUGAUCCCCGUUACGGUCAAGGACUGCAUGAAACGAGAUUCAGGCUGGGCCCAUCCGCCCCAAGACUCUUGGUUUCGCCACAGCCCAGACAACACACCUGGGGCGGACAGCUACGAGGACGAACUUUACGUGUACAGGAGGCUGAAGACGGUGCGCAACAACACCAUGCGGUGUAAAGCGCGAAUGGAGCACGAGGCAGGCUGGAACGACGGCGUCCACGCUCCUCUGCUCGAGAUUGCCCUCGCCAACGAAUCAGGUAUCACCUACCGCAACAUAACCGCUUGCCGCGUACUUUCACCCUUCCGCGAGUCUGAUCCUUUUUUGACAGACGCCAAAGUCGACUAUGCCGUCUUUCUCGACCCGAUCGAAGCCGACUGCACUCUCGCUGCAUCUGUGCGAGCCUACUGCGAACCCAAUCCCAGGGAGCGCGUUGUCUGCCACGUCCAGCUCCCCGACAACGCUCCGACGCCUGCGGUCAUUCCAAUUGAGACUAAGAGUGCCAAUGCCGACGGCGUCCUGGGACCGGUGCAGCUGGCGACCUGGACGCGCGCACAGUUCCGUCUCCUGGCAAGCUUUCCUUCUGCUACUGCGCUGCCCAUCAUCCCCGUCAUCUUCGUCCACGGCGCCAACUGGCGCGUUGACUUUGCCCAGCAAACACAUCACAACCAGAUUAUGUGGGAAGGAUUCAGCAUGGGUUCAUCCGAUGAUCUGUACGGGUGUUACAAGAUCAUUGCAUUUCUGAGACGGCUUUUGAGGUGGUCACGGGAGGACUAUUCGUCCUGGGUGGAGCAGGCGCUGAGAAUACCAGAUUCGCAGACUUGA